UGUCGAGUGUCGAGUGUCCAGUCUUGAUCAAGUCUUGCUUGCCCUUCAACUCAUGACUCACGACUCGACUUGUUUUGCUGCCUGCGCGUCGCUUUGAUUCGAUUCGUAUAACACUCGACUUGCUUCCUCAUCUACACGCAUCUCCAUCACUCUCCUCUUCACAACACGCUGCGUACUUGUCAAAGCUACGUAGACUGCUCUUUGCCCCGAUCGACCCAACCGCUGACCCCAUUUGUCUUUGAUGAAAGCUCGCGCGCCCUAAGCCGUUCCUCGACUUGACGACUACCCUCAUUGUAGAGGCAAAGCUGCCUUUUCCUCUUCGCACACACCUCAGCCCCAGCAUAUUUACGGGCCACGCUACUCUUCCAUAGUGAAGUUGAAUGAUCAAGAAAGAUGGCGUGGGGCAUCCCAACCUUGUGGACCUUGAUUCGGGUAUUGGGAGGAACAUUCAUUGGGGGUUUCCUCGUGACGGCGGGUCUUCUCUACCGCUAUCAAAAUGCGCUCAUCUACCCUUCCUCAUUCCCAAACGGAUCUCGGACAAACGUCUUGACUCCCGACGAGUUUGAUUUGGAAUACGAGGAUGUCAGAUUGAAAACUCCGGAUGGACAGGAAUUGAGAGUGUACCUCAUGUGCCAGAGCGAACCUUCGGAGAGGGAAAAGAGGAGAGGCGAAGAUGAGGGUGAUGUGGCUACCAGAAGACCUACUAUCCUCUUCUUGCACGCGAAUGCUGGGAAUAUGGGCCAUCGCCUACCCCUCGCAGCAGUCUUCUUCAAGAGAUUUGGCUGCAAUGUCCUCAUGCUCUCGUACCGAGGUUACGGUCUCUCGACGGGAACGCCAUCCGAGAAGGGCAUCAGGAUAGAUGCUCAAACAGCUUUGGACUACAUCAAACGUCAUCCGAGACUGAAAGCUACUCAGGUGGUGGCUUAUGGUCAGAGCAUCGGUGGCGCUGUAGCCGUGGACUUGGCUGCAAAGGCAGGAAGAGCGAUCAGUGCAUUGAUUCUGGAGAAUACCUUCUUGAGCAUUCCCGAGUUGAUUCCGCACGUCUUGCCACCCGUCAAGCCUUUCACGUUCCUUUGCCGCGAAUUCUGGCCCACCGGCGACUCGAUUAUGCAACUUGGGCCCUAUCAACCUGUGCUUUUUCUGAGUGGAAGGGCUGACGAGCUCGUUCCUCCUUCUCACAUGGACCUGCUCUUCAAGCGAUGUUCAUCGAGCAAAAAGGUCUGGAAGAGCUUCAAAGAUGGCACGCACAACGACACUUGCGUCAAGCCAGGCUAUUUUGAAGCGAUUGCGCAAUUUCUGGCGACUUGGGUUGUUCCUUUGACGCAAGGCAUCAGUCCUGCAGAGCUGCCUGAUCCCGACGCACACGGAACGCUUCCAAGCCCGCGCUCCGCCGAAGCUGCCUUGGCACCUCACUCGUCAUACUCAAAAGGCGGGGAAAAGUCUGGGGACCCGACCUUUAGCUCGUUCGGUGGCUUCAACGCCGACUCUGGACCGGUCAACCCCUCGGGAGUUGGAGGCGCGGUGAACACAAGUCAGGGAGGACAUACUCGGCAGCCUUCCAGUCCGCGCGUCGGUUCACAAGGACCUCGUCUUCGACGAUCAGCCUCAGCAUCGAGCGCAGAUUCGAGAGGAUCGCUGAGAGAUAUGCACAAGCGCGACGAGGUGCGCGGAUCAGGCGCUUAUGCAGGCUCCAAUUCUUCUCACUCGAGCUUUGGCGCAAAUCACAGCGCGGCUGCUCAAGCGGCAAGACAAGCCGCUUCGGCUUCUUCGACGGCCAACGAUGCGGCGGCUGCUGCUACGGCUGCUACAGCGGCCGCAGCAGCCGCAGCGGCGAGGAAGAGGUCUCCAGCUGGAAGCAGAGCUAGCGACGAUAGCGAGUGGGUCGAAAUGAGCGCGCACGAUGCCACACCGGAUCAGGGCAGAUGA